AUGUUCAGCUCCCUGCAUCUUCCUGUUGUUCUCCUGGGACCUGCAGUUCAGAUCAAGCUUCACAGGCCGAUCCGUUCCCCUCCUCUCCUGGAAGCCCCUGCAUGUCCGACGGAGUCUUUUGGGCCGUCCUCUGAGACCUGGGGGAGCUACACCGCCGGGGCAACGCAACGACACGCGGAUCAGCCAAGGGCCUGGAACAUCUUUUCCAAGCUCGGUAAUCUUGCCAACCCCUGA